AUGGCAGCAAUUCAGGGGCAAGGAGAUCAAAAGGAAGAACGCAAGAGAAAAGAAACUAUUCUUGAUUUAUCUAAGUAUUUGGAAAAAAAUAUUCGUGUUAAAUUUGCAGGGGGUCGAGAAGCAGCAGGCCUUCUUAAGGGAUACGAUCCUCUAUUGAAUCUUGUGCUUGACAAUACCACAGAAGUUCUUAGAGAUCCUGAUGAUCCAUAUAAACUGACAGAAGACACCCGAAUGCUGGGACUUGUAGUUUGUAGAGGCACUUCUGUAGUGCUUAUAUGUCCUGUGGAUGGAAUGGAAAGCAUUCCAAAUCCAUUUGUUCAGCAAGAUGGUUAA